AUGAAGAUUUUCAAUCGGUUUCGUCGGAUUUUUAUGCGGUUUAUGUUCUCGAUCCCGUCUUCCAAGGCUACCGCGAGCUCUGGCGGUGGUUCGGGAGCUGUAAGGAGGCGAUCGUGCGACCGCCCGGAUCCUCCACGCGCUUCGUGUAACUCUUCUUCUUAUUACUCGUCGAAUACUCAUUACAACGAAGCCAUUGCGGAUUGUAUCGAGUUUUUUAAUAAGUCGUCGUCGUCGUCGUCUUCGCCUUCGUUUUCGCGGGAUGGUGGUAGGAUGUCUGAUGUUAUGGUGUAA